GAGUUUAUUUAUUGUGAUAAGUGAGAUACAACACAUACAAAAGCAAAUUUUCUGUUUAGAUUGGCGACGCCCGAAAAUUUAAUAAAAAUUAUAAUUUAAAUAUAACUCUCCAACGUGCUAUAAAUAUAGUUAUUGAAUUGUUUUAACAUUGAAAUAGGUGCUACAAAUUAUUUUCGUUAUAGUAGGCAACCAUAUAUACAUAAUUUAUAUUAUAACAAAGUUGAAGUAGGCUAGUAGCAAACACCGGAAAGAAGUAGAAAAUUAUAGUUAAAUUUUUGACAUCAGUAAUUAUAUUAUUUUGUUACAAAUAAAUUUGGAAGAAAAAGUCUAAAUUAGCUGUGUUUUAAAAUAUGUCUGUAGUAUGUUUAACAUGUUUUCAAAAAGGCGAAAUCCUGACAAUGAGUCCAUAUUUUCAACAUAUAUUUGAUGGUUUGAGUUUGGCAAAUAUGAUAAAUUCUAUUUCAACAUUAAAGAUAGAGGAAAAUAAAGUACCAUCUCCAAAUGUCUGUCAAGAAUGUACAAAUACAAUAUUAAGUUUUUACAAUUUGGUAAAAAGAUAUAAAGCAGGGCAAACGUUAUUCACCGAUGUUGACAAGAAGGAAGAAGUAUUCUUUUUAGAAGAAAAAGAUUAUGACAAUUAUGUAGACUGUGAAGCAGUGUCUUAUAAAGAAAACAGUGAUCACGAAGACAAUCAAAAUUCAAGUCAUUCCCCCGAAUGGCCAGAAAAUGACCAAGAAAAUGGUAUAUCAACAUUUCCAAAUUAUAUAGGAAGUUCUCUAAAAUUUCAAGAAGAAACAAAACCCAGAGUUAUUGAUGAAAUGGGAAAUGAAGUUAUUUCUUCUGUAAAAUAUACGUGUCAUGAGUGUGGGGAUUCAUUUCUUUUUAGAGUUGGUUUUUGCUCACAUAUGGUUCAAAAACACAACAUUUAUAUUGAAAAUCACAUGUACGAAAAGUAUAGUACCCAAAUAACUAUCAAGAUACCUCCACUUAUUGGAGAUCCUGUAAAUUUCGCAAGAAAAAGUUAUACCAAAAAGCACAUCAAAACACUAGAUGAUUUUCAAUGUCAGGUUUGUAGAGAAUCUUUGGAAACAGCUGAAGACUUGAAACAACAUUAUAAUACACACAAGAAUCAUAUAUGUGAACAUUGUGGAGCAGCUUUUGUAAAGAAUUCUUAUCUACGAGAUCAUCUUUUAGUUCAUACAUCAGAAAAACGGUAUCCUUGUGAUAUUUGUGGGAAAAAAUUUAAAUAUAGAAAUGGAUUAUCUGUGCAUAGGAAUAUUCAUAUAAACUUCAGAGGAUUUAUGUGUGAUACUUGUGGUCAGGGGUUUAAUGCCAAAAGUACAUUAAAAACUCACAUAAAAUUAAAACAUACCAAUGAAAGAAAUUACCCGUGUCCAGAGUGUGAUCUAACAUUUAAAGUUAAAUCUUGGUUAGAUAAACAUUACACACGUAAGCAUACAUUUAAUAGAACCAAGGAUUUCAUUUGUAACGUAUGUGGUGUAGCCUAUUUAAAUAAAACUACAUUAACAAGACAUAUAUCAGAAAAACACACUGGUACACCUGUAAGACAUUAUUGUACUGUUUGUGACAAAAGUUACAGUAUGAAAACCAAAUUAAAUAUGCACAUGCAAAAAAAACAUAAUAUUAUUUUAAAUACUACAUCACAAUUACUUCUGUAAUAUUUCUUUUUAAUAUGUGUGUAAUGUAUAUGAAUCAGGUAUUGCUUUAAAAAUAGAGUCUAUAUUAAAAAAAAGAAAAUACAAAAUUAUUUGUAGGAAUGGAUAACAUUCUAGAUCUAAAAACUGAAGAGAUAGAGAGUGUGAUAAAUGGAAAAAGUUGUAUCUUUUAGAGCACGUUAUCAAAACAAUGUGAAUUUUCUUCCGUUCCGUCUAUCCUCAUUAUUAAGAAAACAAUCAAAAAUAAAGGAGAGGAUUUUCUUCUCAAUUUUUUGUGACAGCUUACCAUGACAUGAAUUUUUUCGGGAGCAUCCACCAACUUCUAUUUUUGAAAUUGAAGUUAUGAACAGAGAAUGUAAAUACUAAUAAAUCAACAUAAUGUCCUCAGAUUUCCUAAAAAAGGAAGGUGCAACCAACAGACAAACUUUAUAUUCUCUGCUCAUAUGUUACCUAAUAGUUGAUGGCUGCCCUAAAAAAAAAAACUGUUACAGAAGACUAUAAAGAAAAUACUCCUUUUCCUUUUUGACAGUUUUUGGAGUAAAGAUGAUAGGCAGCACAGAGGAAAAUUGGCAUUUGUUUGUUUUUCUAGGAUAAUCUGAGCAAAAAGAUUUAAGAAGCUUUAAAAUGUGCACAUUUUUUCCAUUCAACUUCCUAUAUUUGCAUACUUUUGGUUUUAUUCUCGUCAUCUGAUUAUUUAUUUCAGCCUUGUGAAAUUUCAAUUUUCAAUAAAUUUUGAUCUAAAAUGAUCUUAGGUCAACUGACUUGAAUUGGUAUCAAAUGAAGAUUGCACUUUAAUACAAUAAAAAUUUUUAUAUUUUUAUUAAAAAGAAUAGCAACACAAGAUUCAUAUAUUCAAAAUACCUGGUCAGAACAAGUUUGUAUUUAUAUUAAAUGUUUUAUAUACUUCUUUUGUAACUUAAUAAAAUUAUUGUUUAUUUGAAUACAUUACAUCAAAAGGAAAUUAAGGAAAUUUUAUUUUACAAAAGUGAACGAGAAUGUUAACAGCUUAUUUAAAUACCAACACAUACAAUUAUUUUUAUCAACUCCAAAAUAUUUUAUUAGUAUUCAUUACUGAUAUGGAAGGUGAAUCAGUAAAAUAAAAACAUUGAUUCAUUAUCAGUACAGUGAUAAAAAACUCAUUCUCAUUAAUAAAUGAAAAAUGUAAACUUCAGUUUUAAUGAGUCUGUUUACUGUUUACUAACAAUUGUUAUUUUGUUAUACUGGGUAUUCUAACUUACAUAGAUACACACCAUGGUAUCAUCAAGUUGAUCAAUAUUAUAAUAUAUAAUCUUAGACAGCAAGUAAUAAAUAAUAAAUAUUGUUGUAAAGUUUCAGGAACUAGUGGUGAAUAAACUUUUAGUAUUUGAUAGGACAAUAGUGGAUAAACAAAGAAUUAAAAAUUUUGAUCUGUGGGAUGUGGUUAAUACAUUAGUAAAAUAACAAAUCGAAAGCACCCAUUAUGUGAAUCUAUUUUUUGAAUUUCAAACCCGUUUGUUGUUUAUUUUUAUUAUUUUGCGGUCUCCCGUUUGUGUUCACUUUACAGUGUUGUCUAUCUUUGUAGGUUAAAUCUAUGUUUAUUUUUCUUUAAAUACAAAUAUAAGUAUAUUCAUAUAUUUUAGAAUUUGAUCCAAUAAAUCUAUUGGUACUUGUCUUACUCAAAUUAUCAAAAAUAGAGCAGAAUCACAAAAAAUGAUAAAAAUUGAAUACUGUUAUAUAAAAGCUGAUUGGAGUUUAAGAUUCAAAAUAAUGAUAUAUUAAAUAUUUGUACACAUGUUAUGUGUCAUAUUCUACAUACUCAAUUUAAAUAGGCGAUAUUAUCAGAAGUACCACAUGCCAUACCAACACUUUGAAAACCUUACAAACAUAUAUUAGACUAACUAUUAUUCUCAUAUCUGCAGUAGCACAAAUUAUUUUUUGAAUAAAAAGUCGCUACUGUUUUCAAGGGUUUAGGAUUUUAGUGCCCUGCAGUAUACUACUAUUUUAAUAUGAAAAGUUGAAAAUAUCUAAAAUAAUUUGUGAUAAAUUUCACAACACAGACACAGAUGGCCGGAAUUCCAGUUUCCAUUAGGGACCAAAACAAGAGUUCUUGAAAAAACAUGGGUUGUAUCUAAGGAAUCUUCAAUCUGCAGAGAUAGUGACAAUAAUUUUGAACCAUUUUACUUAUUCCUCAAUCUCAUUUGCAAGUAUGCAGUGUUAGGCAGGGUUGGAUGAUAAGGUAUUUUUAAUAUACUUAUAUCAUAUAUUCACCUUCCACUCGUUUCUAACUUUAAUUACUAUCAACGUUGUUGAAUCGUUUCCCUUUCUUUUUACAUAAUGUCUAUAUAGUUUGCUUAACAUAUUUCUAAUUUGCGUAUCUUUUAGUUUUCAAUUUUAGAUUUGUGUUUUUUGACCUAUUUCUUAUCAUUUUGUUUGGUAUGUUGGUUCACUUUUCUCCACUACAUAUGUGGUUGUUACCUCUGCUUUCGCUUUAAGCUUUUAAACUGUUGUUCUACGCCAUCUUAGUUGAUCUUCCAAAUAUCCUACCCAUAUUUUCUUUCUCUUUUUAGUGAUUUAAUUGAUACAUCUUAGUAUUUUGCUAAAGUUAUUGGUUAGAUGUAUUUCUUUAUUUGUAAGACAUCGUAAGAAAGUUUAAAAAUAUUUCUUGUAACCAUUAAAUAGCUGCCUAAGUGGUAGUAAAUAGUAUUUUAGAUAAUAAGUAAUUAUAAUAUAAUUACUUCUAAGAAUUUUUCAAUUUAAUUUCAAGUUUUUUUUACUCUUAAUACUUCCAUUUUAAAGACCGUAUUACAAGUUAAAAAAGUAUAAUUAAUUAACUUUGUUGAUUUAGAAUUCUUUACUAACUGAAAUACCGUCAUUUCAACGUAUUAUAAUGUUACGAAAAUACCUCAUUUUGGCACGAAAUAAAUUUAAAAUUAGCGAUGCUAAUAGGAUUGGUGAUUCUAUUGUAUAUUUUUUCUAAACCCUUAGCCUUCUAAUGUGAUACUUAGUUUUUGCUACAACGAUUGAAAGUACUAAAAUAAAAGUAAAUAGUAAUUUGCUCAUUAUAAAAGUCUAUUACAUGGACUAUAUAUUUGUAAGUUUUUUCGAAUAACUUUAUAAUAAUUUGCUAUAAAUCUGUAUACAAAUUGGAACGGCACUUUGAAUAGGUGUGGUUUUGAUUUUAUAUUUUUAGAAAAGUAAAAAUACAAUAUGUGCGGCCUUAAAAAACAAACCAUUUGUUUUUAAUUUGAUACACACAUCUGUGAUUAUCAAAAGAUAAUUUAUUAGGAAAAUGUAUAUGUGGAACUACAAAAAAUUUCUAGAUUUAAUAUAUUAUUAUACGAACUA